AUGUCCAGCACCAACAAAAAACGCACCGCCGACGGCGUUGCGGCUCCCGCCCUCAAACGCCGUAAAGCCUCGACCAUUUCAACCGCGUCGGGCGCGCCGGGAUCCGCCCACCCGCUUCGCCAGACCUCGUUUCCCCCUGACGACUCGUCCACCUUGAUUGGCAGCGCUCGUUCACCCUCCGUCGAUGUCGAUAACAUGAGCCUUGUCAGUGGCAGCCAGGUCAGCGCGGCGGCGCCUCUUAAGAAGAAGCGCGGUCGCAAGUCCAAGGCCGACAAGGCGCGCGAGCAAACACCGUCUAUCGCUGGGGGCCGAGCAGCCACAGCCGCCAGCGGCGCUAGUGAAGCCGGCGGCGGCCGCGGCGGUGGGGGCAAGAGCACCACGGGCGGCGCGGGCGGGGGAGAUGAGGGCGAAGGCGAGGACGAGGGUCCUACAGAGGUCGCUGCGACGGCCGACGUGCGAACCAAGGAACAAAAGGAGGAGGAACAUCGCAUGAGGGGCAUGCUGAUCUCGGCACUAUCGGAGGAUCAGUUCUAUCGGUUUGAGAAUUGGCGCGCCGCCAACUUGAGCAAGGCUUCAGUUAGAAGGGUAAAUGCUCUCUUCUUUUUAUUUUCCUUUCUUGUCAAUGCCACCAUCUCCCAAUCCGUUGCUGAAAACGUCGUAAUAGGAAUGCGCGCAGUGGCAAAGGUUUUUAUCGGAGAUGUCAUUGAGAGCGCCCGGCGCGUGCAGGGCGAGUGGAUUGAGAAACUCGACGAGAAGCAGACCGAUCUUCCCUCGCCGCUGCCCACGAUUGCCCCAACACCUGAUGUGAGCGGAGAGGCCGAUACCCAGCCUGCCGAAGCAACGACGACGGAUGCUGCGGAGACGAAGGAUACUAGGGACACCAGAAAUUCCGAAGUUAACGACCGACGCGGGCCGCUCCGACCUGAGCACCUCCGUGAGGCUGUUCGGCGAUACCGGAAGGGGUUUGAAGGGGGUGGCGUGGGAAUGCAAUGGGUCUAUCACCAGCAACAGCAGGGUGGUGUGGAAAGGUUUCCCACGCGAACAGGGGGACGGAGGUUGUUUCGUUAA